CAUCGCUGGACCAUAUUCCAAAAGCAGCGACCAGUGUCUUGUCGCCACCAGCUGCGGGACAUCCGACUUCCUCCGACUACUUCCCCACGAUUCUGGCCCCCAAGCCCCAACCGGCUGUGUCGCCGCUCCGCAGCGUUGAUCAUACAACAACAUCGUUGUCCACGACCGCCCCCGCCAAACCGACACCCCAAAACUUCAACGGCCCCUUCUUCCCAGCGGACUCCCCGCGAGGCACCAAGCUCCAUUCCGGCGCGAGUGCAAAAACAUACGAAGAGGAGCUGAACGAUUGGUGGACAUCGGGCAACAAAUUCGCUAGACAGCAAGAGUUCUUCGAGAGCAUCAUGGCCGCCCACAAGCCUCAGACCACCCCCUCCAGCGCCAGCAGCACUUCACGCUCACACCUUCCCGGCCCCAUCGGCCCUCCCUCGAAAACCCAAUCAAAAUCCCAACAACAACGCACCCCCUCCUUCAACACAACCACUACCCGCCUCCUCAUCCCCGUCCUCGAGAACCUCGCCGCCUACGUCCAAGGCCCAAUCGACAAGCGCCGCGACUACUUUUCCCAAUGGUCCACGGCGCCGGAGUGGGCCGUCGACACGAGCGACACGGGCAACGACUCCUUCUUCGAUAAAGACUGGGGCACGCCGCCGGCGCGCGUGGGGCGCGAUCCGCGGUAUCGCAGUAUGAGUCGCUCGUGGUCGAGUGAGCAUGUGCCUGUUUCGUCUGCUGGGCGGCGAUUUGCUUCGUUUGAUGCUGCGGGUGGUGUUGGGGGGGUGUAUGGGGGUGGGAUUGAUCGGAGAUUUGGUUUUGCUGGGAGGUGAUGAGGGACUAUGUCUUCUUCUUUGCUGGUGGACAUUCGAGGAAGCGAAGGUGCGAGGGAUUGGUUGAGAGGAGUUGUGAGUGGGCGGAGUACCGUGUAGGAAGGAAUGGGAUGGCGGUGGAAUGUUUGAUGGAACGGCGUACUAUGAUGGGAAGAGGGGGGAGGCAGAAUGCUGCUUGCAUGCCGGGCAUGACGGAGAAAGAAGAAGAAUAAGGAGGACUGAGUAGGCUCUGUUCUGUAUCGUGUCUUACGUACGCAAUCAGAGGUGGACCAAGAUAUUUUGGCAC